CCUGCAUUUUGAGCUGUGAAUAUCAAGCACUUCUUUUUAUUUUUAUUUUUCUUUUGUUAAUAGGUUGACUAUUUGGAAACCAGCUUUACAAUGGCAAAGAAAGUACUGAUUGUGUAUGCUCACCAGAGCUCUGGAUCAUUCAAUGCUGCAGCUAAAAAUAUUGCAGUGGAGGUUCUGACUGCUCAGGGCUGCACAGUGGAAGUCUCUGACCUGUAUGCCAUGGGUUUUAAAGCCACUGCUACAGCUGAGGACAUYAAAGGAGACUUGAAGGAUGCUGAGAACUUCUGUUAUCUUGAUGAAUCCAAACUUGCAUGGGAGCAGGGAAGACUUUCAGAUGACRUCACAAAAGAGCAAUCUAAGCUCACUGAGGCAGACUUGGUCAUCUUUCAGUUCCCCAUGUACUGGUUCAGUGUUCCUGGCAUCCUGAAGGGCUGGUUUGAUCGGGUGCUCACCAAUGGCUUUGCCUUUUUACAAGAGAAACCCUACGGCCUGGAAACUUUCAAGGACAAGAAAGCCAUGCUGUCCUUCACCACUGGGUCUCCAGAAUCCAUGUUUUGUACAAUUGGUAUUAAUGGAGACAUAAAUGUCACACUGUGGCCACUGCAGAAYGGCAUCCUGCACUACUGUGGCUUCCAGCUUCUGGCCCCUGAGGUUUUCUGGGCUCCGGCUCUUGCUGCUGCUGGAGAUCGUAAGAACAUGCUGGAGAGCUGGCGCACACGACUGCAAGGUCUGCUGGAGGAGGAGCCCCUGUCCUUCACUCCCUUGGACUGUUUUGAUAAGGAGACUUUCCAGUUGAAAAAUAUCAGUGAAGAGUUUGGUCUGUCUGUGGGCUUCCACCUGAGCAAUCCACAGCCGUCUCAGAGCCAGAUGAAAGAUUGAUGUUGCCAUUGUAUGAUCAAUAAAAGCUGGUUUAUUCUGAA